AAUUGUACGUGAAAUGCAGAUGUAUUAAAACAAAAAGGCCUGAAACAGACGUAGAACAGCUACGUCACUUCUGACUGGGAAACUAAAUAAGGCGUGAUCUCUCACGUGUGUAGCCUAUUUAAAGUGAUUUCCAUGCGCGCACAGGUGAGUUCCACCUGCCAAAUGCUGACACUGCUACCUGUGUCUAGAAAAGGAGCCUUACCAUCAACAGAGGAGUGGUUGUUGUCAUUCUAUCCCUGGGUUCAUUUGUUUUCCCAAGGACGAAGAAGGGAGAAAUAAACGAGCUACAGGCUGAUUAGGUUAGCAUAUAGGCUAUCAUUUAUUAGAGAUUUUUAGAAAAGCAACUGUUUCUUGUUAUCUUCUUCUUCUUCUUUUUUUUUUUGCUUGGUGCGCUUGGGGAACAUGACGCUUUUCAACAGCGUUGAAUUUCACCACUCGUAUUUUGGACUACUUCUGAUUUUCCUCAUUAAAGGAUGCGACUCAUCAUCGUCUUUGUUCGAAGCCCAGGUUGGCAGCAAGGUGAGCUUUAACAUUACCUACAGCAGUCAGAACCCAUCACCACAGGUGUCCUGGUGGAAAGAUGGCAAAUCCAUUGCUCAGCGGACUGUUGGUACUGGCGAACCGCAUAUUGCUCCUGGGUAUGGAGAUGUUCUGUCGCAGGAGGAUGAUGGUUCUCUGACAUUCACCAACGUGACUGUUGACUACAAUGGAACCUAUGAAGUUGUUGUGAUACAGGUGGGGUCCGAGGAGGCCAGAGCAUCAUUCACCCUAAUAGUUUAUGACCAAAUUGAAGAAGUCUCGCUGCAUAUGUGGCCAAAUGAUGCUGUUGAAGGCAAUGGAACAUUCUCUUUAAAUUACACCACAGUAAAAGGAGAGGCUAAAGAGGUCCAGUGGCUCUUCAAUGGGACAGAACUGCAGAACGGUCCUCACUACUCCGUGAGUGGGAAGAGCCUCUCCAUCAUUCAUCCACGCCGAACAGACACGGGCCUGUACAGCGUCACCCUUAAGAACCCAUUCAGCUCCGGAACCUCCUCGAGAAACGUCACCGUUUUGUAUGGACCAGACCAACCCAUGCUGGAUGUGAGCCCAACAAAGGACUUCUUUGUUUUGGGGGAGUCUCUGUCGCUCUCUUGUGGGGCGCAAGGAGAGCCUUUGCCAUCCGUCUCCUGGGCUUUCACAGGACAGGCUGUUCCCAGUGCUCAGCCAGGGGCACUUCACAUCACCAAUGCCCAGACUAACCAGAGCGGGGCUUACACCUGCAUGCUGAAGAACGACAAAACUGGAGCACAGCUGAACAAGAGUGUCACUGUUAACAUCUUUGAGAGCCCUGCAGGCAGCCCUGUGUGUUCCGUUUACGCCAUGGAUGAGAGCACAGCGCUGCGCUACCACUGCCAGUGGCCAGGGGGCACCCCUGGGGCACAGCUGUCCUUCCCCGCUCUCAACACCUCCACCCCCGGGAUCGGGGAGCUCAACGUGACCGUGAAUGACCCCCAGAGCUUAGACGGGACCGAGGUGGCAUGUGUCAUCCACCACCCCGUUUACCAAGGACACUGCAACACCACUGCACGCAAGACGGCAGGCUUCCUUCCCUCUGUUAAUGCCACUGUAAAUGAGAAGGGCAAGCUGGUGGUGACCAUCAGAUGUCUCGCUGAUGCCAUACCAAAUGCCACAGUCACCUGGUCAAUGUCUGGCGAGGACGUCAGCUCUCUGAGUGACCAUGAGAUCAGCAUGGACACCACCUGGCUCCAUAUUGUGAAUUUCAACAUCACUGCUGGCCUUCACACUUACAAAUGCACUGCUGCCAAUCCUUUAGGGAGACAAAGCAGAGAAAUAAUUCUGGAAGGUCCUGCCAUUUCAAAAGCAAGUCUUUCCUCAAAUGAAGAAGGGACCGUAAUUAUGCUCAAUUGGGAUGUACCAUCUACGGCUAUAGUUACAGGGUUUGAUAUCCAGAUGAAGGGCCCUGACCUCUCUGAUCCAUCCACCAACAAAAUGGUCAGCCGCAGUCAGCGAGCCAAGGAAUACCAGACCCUCCAGGUGAGGCCUGCUUCCUCAAGAAGUACAGAAAUCUCAGGACUUGACCCCGAAGCAAGAUACCACUUCCAGGUCAUCCCCAUGGCAGGCAAAAUCGCUGGGGAGCCAUCGGAGCGGUUGGUUAUUGGGCCAGGAGGUCUGAGUGGCCCGGCCAUCGCUGGCAUUGCUGCUGGGAUCCCCUGCAGCCUGCUGGUCCUGCUGCUCAUCUGCGUUGUGUUCCCCUGCGUCCUUUACCACAAGAAAAGGAACAGUGAAGCAAGAUAUCCUGUUUCCAGGGCUGUUGAGAAGGCUGUAGCAACUCUGACCUCCCCCCACCACCUUUUAACAAAUGGUUUGAAAUUGCCGCCAGACUACAGCCUUCACCAGCCUCCUGUUGUGGGACACUCUUUUCCUAUGCCCUCAGAGCUUCCCCCUGUGAGGAUGGCUACCACUGUAUGAAGCAAGCUGACUUUCCUUUCUGUUACUAUGGAGGGUUUUUUUUUAAACAAUUUUUAAAUGCUUUUAUGGCAAUGUAAGUAUUUGUUCAUAUUUAUUGUUGACAUCAGCUUUUGUAUUGAAUCUUAGGUAUCACAAUGGGCAUGCCUACCUCUGUUAGUGGGCUCUUAAUAGUGACUCUGUGUGAGAUAUAUUCAUGUUUACCAUCUGAUUUUUCAUUCAGUUGAAUUAUUAAACUAUGUAUGUCAAAUCCGUGUAUGUGCACAAAUAAAUAUUUGUUUGCUUAA